AUGCUCCAUAGACCUAAACGCAAGGCAUCUUCUUUGUUGUAUGAAUGGAAUGCAGCUCGAAACGCAAGGCUGAACAACAAUGUUGUUAACGGAGAUGGUGAGCACUCACAGUCAACAAGGGUGAUUAAAUGGAGUAAGCCGAAUAGAGGUCGAAUGAAAUGUAAUAUUGAUGCAUCGUUUCCUAAUAAUGAGAACCGAAUUGGAAUAGGCAUUUGCAUUCGGGAUGAUGAAGGUGCAUUUGUGAUUGCAAGAACAAAAUGUUUAACUCCAAAGUGUGAUGUGCAUAUUGGUGAACCAUUGGGUUUGUUGACAGCUCUUCAAUGGGUGCAUGAGUUACAGUUAGGAUCUAUAGAGUUCGAACUUGAUUCCAAAAAAGUGGUUGAUAGCUAUGGAGCUAAUCGGCAUGAUUCGACGGAAUUUGGAGCUAUUAUUAAUGACUGUAAAACUUUGUUUAAUCAUUUCUAUGAAAACUCGAGUGUAGAGUUUGUUCGGAGACAAGCAAAUGGGUCUGCCCAUGAAUUAGCAAAGGCGGCCACAUUAUCGGCUAGUUUCCAUAUUUUGGUUACGCCACCACAUUGUAUUGAACACAUUUUAAUUAAUGAUAUGCUAUAA